AACGUUUUUAGGAGACGCUCGAAGCUGGUCGCAUUCAGCGCUCAUCGCACCGAAGGAAGGCACAGGACUCACAUCGGCUCCACAGUUUCCCCUACACGCGCAUCAGCUAUGCUGUCUUUCGGACGGGUAGCCCUCUGGGCUCUGCUCGUUUGCUACGUUGCUGCCACACCGACGUGCGUUGAGUCCGGUACAUCACGAGUCACGUACACCUGCUCCGGCUUCACAAGCCACGCUGACUUCGAUAGGGUCGUCCGUCGGGAGUUCACACCAGCGCAGUACUCGCAAGUUGAAAUUCUGUUACGAGACAGCAACCUAGACUAUUUACCGGUGAGGGCAUUUGAAGGCACUUUGGCCUCUGCACUGGAGCUCCGUAAUGUCCGUGUGCACGGCCACACCCCUCAGACGUCCGAUGGGCACCCGUUCACUGGUGUCACUUCGUGGCUCAAGAAGGUAAUCCUUAGCGAUGGCAGCACGGUGCCCCCUUCCUGGUCGCUGCUGUCCCCACUGAACAAGCUUGAGGAAGUCAUCCUAUUGAACAUGCACUACGUGAACCUCUCCAACAGUUUCAACGAACUCCCGAAGAGCGUCAAGCGUGUGCGAGUCCUUAACUCGACUAUCCUCGGCGUAGAUCCUGAAUGGCUUGCAAGCUUAGAAAACCUUGAGGAGCUGCACGUCGAGAACAGCAACAUCAACCACUUUUCCAGGACGAUGCUGCCUAGGCCGGCCCUCAACCUCACUUCCUUGACGCUCAGGAACGCAAAUUUGACAUCCUUGCCGGCGGACCUGACAGCAGAUGCACCCCGGCUAACUACUCUCAACCUUCAGGAAAACGCCAUUCAUCACUUCGACGAGCACAGUUUCAUUCCCCUGCUCGAGCGGAGCACCAAUGCCGCAGCCUUCUUGGAUGGAAACCCCCUGGACUGCGACUGCAACGCGCGCUUCCUGAACCAGAUUCCGGAAAGUUGGACUACGCCGCCGUGCGUUACACCAGAUCGGCUCAAGGGACGCCUGGUCAAGAAUAUUGGCAUCUCGCAGCUCAUCUGCGCUGCUGCCGGAAGUCGCCGCUAAUAAAGAGAAGGGAAUGCAGUCACGUAACCAGUACAA